ACGCAAUCUAUCUCUUCCAUCUGCAUUCGGACUUCCCACCACCAACAGUCCUUUCCCUCUCUCAAAACCUCGCCGGAAUCCACCGCCUCGUCGGUGGCUCCGCCGAUCCCAUCGUCAAUGGCUUCAGUUCCAGUUCUCUCUCCGGCUCCGUCCACCGCCCCGCCGAGACUUCUCGCCGUAUCUCGUCGCUCCGCAAGACCGACUUCCGUCUCUCCUCCUCCUUCUUCUUCUGCUCCUUCUUGUUCCUCACCGUCUUGUUCGUGUUCGGUUUCGACUUCAAUCCGCCAGCGACGGAGAACCCUCGGCAAUGGCGGCUUAUCCGCGUACGCGUGCUCGACGUCGUUUUUCAUCGGGAGAGUCGGACUGCAGAGACGAGAAGGCAAUGUCUCGUUGCUCUCGUUCGGGAACAAACAGCACGUCAUCUCCGAAGUCGAUAGAACCGAUUCGUCUCAGGUUUUGUCCGCGAUGCUUCCGUUCGUCGUCGCUGCUACGGCGAUUGCUGCUCUUGCUCAGCCGGCGACUUUUACUUGGGUAUCCAGGGAGUUGUAUGCCCCUGCUCUUGGUGGGAUUAUGUUGUCGAUAGGAAUCAGGCUUUCAAUCGAUGAUUUUGCUCUUGCUUUUAAAAGACCUUUACCACUAUCUAUCGGGUUCAUCGCGCAGUAUGUUCUAAAACCGGUCCUCGGGGUGUUAGUUGCCCAGGCAUUUGGGAUAUCUCACAUGUUUUAUGCUGGUUUUGUCCUCACAGCUUGUGUUGCGGGGGCUCAGCUAUCUAGUUAUGCGAGUUUCUUGAGUAAGGGCGAUGUGGCCUUGAGCAUUCUGCUCACCAGCUGCACCACUAUUGCAUCGGUUCUUGUUACACCUAUCCUAACAGGUCUUCUAAUUGGAUCAGUUGUACCAGUUGAUGCUGUUGCCAUGUCCAAGUCAAUAUUGCAGGUUGUUCUUGUACCCAUAACUUUUGGCCUUCUGCUCAAUACCUAUGCAAAACCAGUCGUUUCUAUUCUUCAACCUGUGAUGCCAUUAGUUGCUAUGGUUUGCACUUCAUUGUGUAUUGGGAGCCCGUUAGCAAUUAACCAGAGCCAGAUUUUGUCUAGAGAGGGUUUGCGCCUGGUUCUUCCAGUGUUGACAUUCCAUGCGGUGGCUUUCACUUUAGGUUACUGGAUCUCCAAAUUGCCAGCUCUGAGUUAUUAGGAGUAUGGACUGGUUCAUGUAAGAUGCCACUGUGGUCCCCCGGAUAUUGGAGCAAAGGUCGAUGAUGCAGAAGAAAUAGGUGUUUCCACUACUUUAUUAUAGCUUUGUCGCCGUGUCAUUGCUUUGAGGAAUUGAGAUUUGUCUGGGGCCUUUUAUGUUUGAAAGAAUCAAGUGCAUCACUCUUUGUGAAAAAGAGAUUUCUCCUUGGAAACCAGUUAUCUGGGUGCUUCAGCUACUCUGAUGUAACUUGAAUGCGGUACAACCAUUAAAGACUAUGAAAAUUUGUGGGAUCACAGCCAAUUAUUCUAAAAACUUAAGCUAUUAGAUGAAUGCGUGGUUUAUUAUUUAAUGUUCUAGAACUGAGUGUGAAAAUUUAAUUGGGAAGGCAAAUGGGGCCUAGGAAGAUUUGAAUUUAGGACCCCCAACUCUGAUAUAAUGUGAGAAUUUGUGAGACCAUAACCAACUAUUCUAAAAGCUCAAGCUAUUCGAUGAAGGCGUGGUUUAUUAAAUAUUCUAACAAAGACUAGAUCAAGAAGUCUACCGGAAAAACAACAAUGGGCUUGAUCUCUUUGUCAGGAUUAGGGGUCAAAACUUGAAAUUAAAGUUUCAUUGACAACGAGAAUUAAUCUAGUAGUCAUGUUGUAGUAACAAACCAAGGACCUCUGAUGACCCACAAAUAGGAGCCUCAUGCAGUGGUAUGAAAGUCUGUGUGAGUUGGUCUUGUCUAAAGAGUUUCUCUAUUGUUGGGCAGAGAUUUCAUCUGACUUUGCAUGUUUAAUAUCUAUUUGACACUUGUGAUCCACACGUGUCCUGCCAUAAUGUCUGCGAGUAACAACAAGAGCAGGAUCAGCAGAAACUAGUUUAGUGCUGCAUGAAUUAUAGGCAGAGUUUAAUGAUAGAGAUGAAGGGUUUUGAAUGGAUUUAUUUCAUUUUUGUUACCAUUUCCCUCUUCACCAAUCAACUGCCUACGACUUGUCCUCUUUAUUUCCUUGUAGGCAAGAAGAAGAAGUCGGGCGGACAAUAUCUUUAUGCACAGGAAUGCAGAGUUCCACUCUCGCUGGCCUUCUAGCAUCCCAAUUUCUUGGCAGCAGUCAGGCCGUCCCGCCAGCGUGUUCAGUAGUUGCCAUGGCUAUCAUG